UUUUCUUUCACUGUUCAAUUUUUUAUUAUUCAAAUGGCUGAUACAGUUCCAGUCAACCCCGCAACAGGCGGCCCAGCAGCACAGAAGAAGCCCUUCACGCUGCUCGGCUGCGGCCUCUCGACGCUGACCCUUGUGACGGGUGUCUUUGUCGCGCUCUUGACUAUUCUGUGCGGUGUCAUUACGUGCAUCGGCAUCGAUGGAACAUGUCUCGCGGUUGGCAUCUACAUGGUCUUCUUUGGUGUGCUGCUGUUGGGCAUCGAGGCGCCCGUGCUGUUCAACUUUUCCAACCCGACUCGCAAGAUUGGCGACUUUUUCCGCAAGUUCAAGCACUGGCAUCGUGCCAUCCUCAUCCCAAUCCUGACCAUUGUCAUCUUCUUCUGCAUUGGCGUCGCCUCUGUGAUUAGCAUUGUUCUCUUGCUGCUGCUGUGCAUGCUGCACGUCUUCACAGCCCUGGGUCCUCGCGGCCAGGACGCGCCCUCCAACUCGACCGCCGUUUCUGCACCAAGCACGCGCGGCUACAAGCAACAAGCCGACCUCGACGAAGAGGAAGGCGGUUUGUAGUUUUUGAUGUUGAUGUUUGAUUGCAUCUUUCCUUUUGUUCGCCCAGUUCAAAAAAAAAACCCCAAAACGUUUGUCAUGA